AUGGCUCUUUCCUCGCCCUGCCAUUCCCCCCCGCCUGCGCCUGCCCUCUGCUGCCUCUGCUGCCUCUGCUGCCUCCGCCGUCUCCACUGGCACCUUCCCUCCAUGCCAGCCCACUCCAUACUGACAUACAUGCGUGCGUACAGACAUGCGGCCCUGCUGCGGACCCACUCCGCUCCUGCCACGCGUGACGUGUUUUUGUUUGUGCCCGCCCGUCGAGUGGGCAACAGCCUGUCGCCGGCUCUCCAGUCGCCCGCCGCCGCCUCUGCCUCUGCCACGGCCUCUGCUGCCGCCGCCUCUGCAUUAAACACGCGAGCCGCCGUCUGCACGUACAUACAUAUACACAUCCACAUCCCCCUCGUGCCCAGAGACAGGCCGCGUUCCGCCUCCGCGGCACAGCGCUGCCAUGGCCAGGCCUGCCCGUCGCUAUUACUGGCACAGGCUCCGAUGCUCAGCGUGGUAACCAUGCUGCGUCAACGGCCCGUACCCGCUAGCCGUCUCUGGGUCUUGGCGUAA